ACUGGGCCGGCUUCACCGCCGGAAUCCACCGCCACCACGUAGCCGAAGUUAUCGAAACGCUCCUAAAGCGGAAUUUAAGAAAUGCCAACAAGUCCUUUGGGCGUGUUGGGCAAGACAAUCAUUUCCUCCGCCGUUUCUCUCUCCUGCCCUAACCCUUGAUCCCCAAAAGCUACUGCAAAGCAGCAGCGGCGGCAGCAACAACAGAGAGAGAAACUUUGGAGAGAGAAAGUGUAGCAGGGUUAGGGCAAUGCCUUGUUCUUCAUCUGUGAAUUCUACUGAAGACAAUGGGGCUUUGUGUAAUUUCAAGCUAAACGAGUCCACCUUCCUAGCUUCUCUCACGCCGAAGAAAGAGAUUAAGGCCGAUCGGUUCAUCGAAGCUCACCCGGACUUCGAUGGCCGUGGUGUUGUCAUUGCUAUCUUUGAUUCUGGUGUGGACCCCGCAGCUGCUGGAUUGCAAGUUACCUCAGAUGGGAAGCCAAAAAUUCUAGAUGUCAUUGAUUGCACUGGGAGUGGUGAUAUUGAUACUUCAAAUGGGUGGAAAACUGUUGAACUCGCGAUUGUGAACCGCGAGUUAGCUCAUUUUGGGAAUUCUUUCAAAACUAGGCUUAGUUUGGGAAUUCCUUUAUUAUUUUGGCUUAUUACCACGUAG